GGCCCCGCUCGGCCCCGCUCGGCUCCGCGCCGCCGCCGCCGCCGCCGCAUGGGGCCCCCCGGGCCGGCCUGAGCGCCCUGCAGCCCCGCCGCAGCCCCCCGAGGAGCCGCGACGGCAGCGGCCGCGGGGCCGGGCCCCCCCCCGCCGCUGCCCGCCCCGGGCAGAGCCGGAGCCCCGGGCUGGACCCGCCGCAGCGAGGGACCGCUGGAAGCCGCCCCGGGGACGAGGACGCUGCGCCCCCCCGGGCAAAGGGCCUUCGCAGCCCCCCCGCUCGCCCCCCGGACUGACGGAGCUGGGACCCCCGGACGCCUGGAGAGACCCCCCCCCCCCCCCCGCUUCACCGGAGCAAAGGACCUGGGACGCCCCGGCGCCCCGUCCCUGGGGCGAAGGACCCUUGGAGAGACCCCCAGCCCCCCCGGGGGGGCGCACGAGCCGCGCCUGCCCCCCUGGGGCCAAGCAGCCGGGGCUGCCGCAUCGCUCCCCCCCCCCCCGGAGCCGAGGACGCCUGGAGACCCCUCGUCCGCCCGACGACGGGGGGGCAACAGCCCCGCGGCCCCCCGCUGCCGGGGACGCGCUGGCCCCCGGCCGCCCCCGGCCCCGCUCCCCCUGCUCCUGCGGCCGGGGGGGGCCGGGCCGCCCCGCGGCUGAGCUGGCCCUGAGGGCGCGGGGGGCCGCGGGGGGGCCGCCCCUGCCCCAUGGCGGCCAAGUGGUUCAAGGAGUUCCCGGCCAGCCUGAGGCCGGCGUCGGAGCGGGCCCGGCCGGGCGGCGGUAGCCUGGGCAAGCUGGGCGGCCCGGCGCGCAGGGAGCCGCCCGGGGGGGCCCCCCCGGGCAGGAGCCGCAAGGACUCGGCGGCGGAGCCGGGGGGCUGCCGGGGUGCCGGCCGGGACGGGGGCGGCCGGCUCUCGCGGGACAACCUGCAGGGCCUGCUGCAGGCCGCCGCCGGGAGGAUGCGCAAGAACUCGCGGGCCGAGGGGGGGCCGCCGGAGCCCCCCGCCAAGGGCGGCGGCACCUACAUCAACCGCCUCAUCAAGGUGGAGGCCCACGAGAAGAACGGCAAGGGCUACCCCGGCGCCGGCCCCGCGCCGGCCCUCGAGCAGGACAAGGCCAAGAGCGCCAAGGCGGAGACGGUCAUCAUCCUGGAGGACUACGCCGACCCCUACGACGCCAAGCGCACCAAGGGGCAGCGGGAGGCCGAGCGCCUGGGCGAGAACGACGGCUACAUGGAGCCCUACGACGCCCAGCAGAUGAUCACAGAGAUCCGCCGCCGCGGCUCCAAGGACCCGCUGGUCAAAGCCGUCCUGCUGCUGGACGGCCCCGGCGAGGCCGGCGAGAAGCCGGAGCCGGCGGCCAAGCGCCCGGGGCCCAGGGAGGGGCCGGUUAAGGCCCCGCAGCUCUACGACACCCCCUACGAGCCGGGCGAGGGGCCGGCGGCGGAGCGCAGGGCGCGGGCGGCCGAGGGGCGGCUGCCGGAGGACGACGAGCGCCCCGCCGCCGAGUACGAGCAGCCCUGGGAGUGGAAGAAGGAGCAGAUCGUCAAGGCGCUGUCGGUCCAGUUCGAGGGCUCGGAGCGGCCCAAGGAGGAGGCGCCGCCGCGGCAGCAUCUCCGCCAGAAGAGCUGGACCGCCAAGAUGCUGAAGCCGGCGGCCCCGGAGCACGGCGAGGGCGAGCGGGUGGACCCCGCCGUGGCGCUGGAGAAGCAGCCCUGGUACCACGGGGCCAUCACCCGCGCCGAGGCCGAGACCCGGCUGCAGCCCUGCAAGGAGGCCGGCUACCUGGUGCGGACCAGCGAGACCGGCAGCGGCAAGUACUCCAUCGCCCUCAAGACCAGCCAGGGCUGCGUCCACAUCAUCGUGGCGCAGACCAAGGACAACAAGUACACGCUGAGCCAGACGAGCGGCGUCUUCGCCAGCGUCCCCGAGGUCGUGCACUACUACUCCACCGAGAAGCUGCCCUUCAAGGGGGCCGAGCACAUGGCGCUGCUGCACCCCGUGCACUGCAAGCUGCACUAGCGCCCGCGCCGCCGCCCCGCGCCCUGUAACCGCCUCGGGAAUAAAGGUGUUGGCUGAGAGGA